AUGAACGCACCAAAACUGCCAAAAAGAAGUAACAGCGGAACGUCUUCAUCACGCUCCCCAACGAAACGAGCUGCAAGCUUAACGACAUCAAACAAAGAAACGACUCCUGCUUCGCACCCUCUAACAAAGCAGAAGUCACGAUCACCAUCUCCACCCUUGCAGCUAACCAGCAUACUUCGGACCGACUACCUCAUAAUUUCGGGACGUACGCCGCAAGCUCGCUCAACAUCAAUUGAAUCGCCACAAAAACGUAGCCCAAUCGAUCUACUAGAAAUCACUGUAAACAGUGUUAUGGAAGACGUACAGGAGUCUAAAGUAAUAGUGGCAGCAUCAUGCAAGGUUUAUGAGCUAAAGAAUUCGAUCUGUCAAGCUACCGAUGUGCUUGCCGAAAAACAACUCUUGAUAUACAAAAGUAAAGAGCUAAAAGACGACAGCGCGCCUAUAUCAAAGUAUGGAAUUACAGAAGAUUGUGAGAUAAUGAUGCAUGUAAGAAUGAAUACGGGUAGCAAAACGGUAAAAGCGAGCAAUGCUGUACUUUAUGUUCCUCCAUCUUUCCCUGAAGGAAGUGUUGACGAACUGAGGAGCAAAAUCAAAUCACUGACGAAUAUUCGAGGUGGAACAAAACAUCGCAUAUAUAAAAAGAAACAAGGCGGGAGUAAAGUAGACAAAAAACAUACUGAAUGGACUCCGCAGAAACAGUUCGAGCAUGAGUUGACCAGGAAUAAAAUGAAGAAACUAUUAAAAAGAAAGAGGAAGAAGAUACUGAGCUAUUCCCCACCCUGCCCAUCCACGGGAUCAAUUAGGUCGUCAGCUGAAAAUAUUCCUCGUAAUUUAUCCAAAGAAUCACUGGAGAAACCAAGCUUCGAAAAGAAAAGUGAUCCGUACACGGUUACAGAACUCCAACUGAAGACUUUCUUCGAACCUCCAGAAACGUUAGCGCAGAUGGAGCGAGAAAUGAAAGAUCUUACAUUACCUCCGUCAAAUAUGGAAGAAUUGAUUGCAGUGAAAACUAAAAGAGAAGAAACGUUGAAAACAACGUGUGGAGUAUGUCGUCGAAAAUUGCACGUUACGGAGCAACAAAUGGCUUGUGCGUGUUCCUAUACAUUCUGCAAGAAACAUCGAGAGCCUGACAAACAUUUUUGCAAUAUUGAUCAUAGGCAUGCUGGUCGUAGCAAGAUCCACAAGGAGAAUCCAAAAGUUAGCGGAGGUGGAUUACAUAAGGCGAGGACACCUUCGAAAGGUUGA